GAAUUGUGCAAAACGGCUUUGGGCAACUAUAACAACCGUCUCAGAGAAAAUGGAGCAGAGGCUGAAAGUCAGUCUGUGGUUUUUUAUUGUGUUUUUGUCCAUACUCAUUUAUUCGAAUCACAUCAGUGGCUUUAACUUGGAUCUAAACAAAUACACGGUCUUCUCUGGCCCUGAGGACAGCUACUUUGGUUUCUCAGUAGACUUUUAUCAGUCAAGCAGCAAAAGUAUAAGUGUGGUGGUUGGAGCACCCAGAGCAAACACCAGUCAGCCUGGGGUCUCUCGUGGCGGCUAUGUCUUCAUGUGUCCUUGGACAUCAAGUGGAGAAUCGUGUCAAACUUUAAACUUUGACCAAAAAGGUGAUGAAAACAUCACAUUAGUUAAAAUGCUCCUAAUGGCUCACAAGUCCAACCAGUGGUUAGGUGCUUCGGUUCGAACCUACAAAAACUACAUCUUGGCCUGUGCUCCUAUGUUCCACUGGAACGUGCUUAUGGAAAAGGAGGAAGCCAUGAAUACACCUGUUGGGAACUGCAAGCUUUUGGACAUGCAAACAGGAGAGGUGGCAAACUACGCCCCCUGCAGGGAACUUUAUGUAGAGGGGAUUUACGCCAGUGGCUAUCCUGACAGGCGUUACUGUGAGGCUGGAUUUACCACAGAUAUCACAGAGAAUGGCAGAGUGAUACUUGGUGCACCAGGAGGCUAUUAUUUUCAAGGUCAGAUCAUCACUGCAUCUCUUGCUAACAUCAUGAGUAGUGGCAGUGCAUUCUCUCCCAUUCACUCAGUGAGCGGUGAGACCAAAACUCCACAAAGACCUGACGACUACGACCUGUAUCUGGGAUACUCUGUUGCUUUUGGGCAUUUUAAUAAAGACAACGUCACAGAUUAUGUUGUUGGCGUCCCAAACGAUUUGCACACCGCAGGCUCUGUUAAAAUAAUAAAUGGAGCAACUGUGCCCCUGAAAAUCAUGAAGGCGAUUAGUGGCAUCCAGAUAGCAUCUUAUUUUGGACAUUCUGUGGCAGUAACAGACAUCAACAGAGAUGGGUGUGACGACAUCCUGAUUGGAGCACCUCUUUUUAUGGAGCAGUUAUCCACUCAGAAAUUUCGAGAAGUGGGACAAGUCUAUGUUUACCUGCAAAGACAGGGCUUCUCCUUCUCCUCUAGACCCAACCAGAUCCUGACAGGGAUAUAUGCCUAUGGGCGUUUUGGCAGUGCUAUAGCCCCUUUGGGAGACAUCGACCAUGAUGGCUUUAAUGAUGUGGCUGUUGGGGCACCUGGCUCUGGUGAAGGAGGUCAAGUGUUUAUUUACCUGGGUCAGAGUGAUGGCUUGACCAACCAGUAUGUUCAGGUCAUUGAGAGCCCGUUUAAGACCCUCAAAGAUCCUCCGAUGUUUGGUUUCAGCAUGAGAGGAGCGACAGAUAUUGAUGAUAAUGGAUAUCCAGAUCUCAUUAUUGGUGCUUGGGGUGCGAGCAAAGUGGCAGCAUACAGGGCACAGGCUGUAGUGAGGACACAGGCUCGAGUCUCAUUCUUCCCUGAUCUUUUGAAUCCCGAAGACAAAUUCUGUCAACUCCACCAGAGCAACACCUUCAUUACUUGCUUUAUAAUUAUGGCAUGCAUUAGUGUUUCUGGCCACAGGAUUCCUGAGGAGAUUGUGCUAAACGCAGAGCUUCAGCUGGACAGGAUGAAGCAGAGCAUGGCCAGACGAACCCUCCUACUGGACUCCAACCAGCCGUACACUUACUUCCAGCUCUCAGUGGAGAGAAACUCAGCAGAUGUCUGCAGGAACUUCACGGCCUACCUACUGCCUGAGUUUAAGGACAAGCUGAGUCCAAUCUUCAUCUCAGUGAACUAUAGCCUGACUGACUCGCAAGAUGCAGUGCUGCAUGGACAAAGUGUCGCCGUUGGACAGACACGGAUAAUACUAAACUGUGGUCCAGAUAACAUCUGUAUACCAGACCUGAAGUUGAAGGCAGUAGCGUCAACACAACCAAUCCUGAUCGGAGAUGAGAAUCCAGCGCUGCUGAUUAUCGAGGCUGAGAAUCAAGGAGAGGGAGCGUAUGAGACUGAGCUAUAUAUCAGCCCGCCGGCACACACGCAUUAUCAGGGUGUUGUGAGCAACCAGGAGGACUUCACUCACUUGGUGUGCGGUCAGAAAAAGGAGAACGGCUCAGUCAUUGUGGUUUGUGAUCUGGGAAACCCCAUGGAGGCUGGACAUCAGCUGAAAGCAGGUCUUUACUUCAGCAUGGGUGGUCUGGAACAGGUGGAGAACCACAUCACAUUCCAAAUGCAAAUACGAAGUAAGAACAGCCAGAACCCAGACAGUAACCUGGUCCAAUUGCAGGUUGAAGUUAAUGCUGUAGCUUCCCUGGAGAUGCGUGGAGUCUCUUCUCCGGUUGACUGUGUCCUGCCUAUUGCUAAAUGGGAGCCGAAGGAUUUCCCAAAAGACUUGGAUGAAGUAGGCCAACUCGUAGAGCAUGUAUAUGAGCUAAGGAACAUGGGCCCCAGUCCAGUCAACGUAAAGCUUACACUGGAGUUUCCUGUUUCACAAAAUGAGUCCUAUCUGCUGUAUGUGUUUGCAAAUGCCUCUGAAGAGCUCAUCUCCUGUCAGACAGACUACUCCAACAUCGACCCACGUGGGUUAGUAAAGUUGGAGCCCUCCAGCACCCAUGUUCAUCAUUUCAACAAACGUGACCUGUCACAGAAAGCAGAAUAUGAACAGCAGUGGCAAAAUACUGUCCAUGUGAACUGCUCUAGUGGUGAGCAGUGUCUUCGGUUUGAGUGUGAGGCUGCGGGACUGCAGAGAGAUGAGAGGGCCAUAGUGAGAGUGAUGAGCAGACUGUGGGUACAAACCUUCUUAAAGAGACCAUACGUAAAUUUCGUUCUUCACUCCACGGCUCACUAUGAGGUGGCAGAUGUGCCCUCAAAAAUCAAGCCAGAUGUGCUGCCCAGAGGAAAAGCAGAGACACAUACAAAUAUAGUAUGGAGACGCCCAGAUGGACAAGAGGAGGUACCUGUGUGGUGGAUAGUAGUGUCAAUCAUCGCUGGACUGCUUCUACUGGCUGCACUGAGCACCAUCUUCUGGAAGGUGGGUUUUUUCAAGCGUAACCGUCCUCCAUGUGACGAUGAUGGCGAUGACAUGCAGCAACUGAGUGGAGAACCUAACGAGACAUCUUGAUGAGACAUCACAAAUCUUGAGGGUUUUGUUUGUUUGUUUUUUAAGUUUGUUUGCUAAUUGUAGUCUGUUUUUCUGUAAUUGCAUUAAAUAUGUACUAUGGUUAUAGAGCCAGCAUUUUGGGAUCAUUUGAAUGAAGUCUCUUAUUCUCA